AGUUUGGAUUUUACCUCUCAAGACCCACUACCAUGGCCGACCAGCUUACCGAAGAACAGAUCGCGGAAUUCAAGGAAGCAUUCUCGCUCUUUGACAAGGACGGCGAUGGGACCAUCACGACGAAGGAGCUCGGCACGGUCAUGCGCUCGCUCGGCCAGAACCCCACGGAGGCCGAACUCCAGGACAUGAUCAACGAGGUCGACGCUGACGGCAACGGCACGAUCGACUUCCCCGAGUUCCUCACGAUGAUGGCUCGCAAGAUGAAGGACACGGACUCGGAGGAGGAGAUCCUCGAGGCCUUCAAGGUCUUUGACAAGGACGGCAACGGGUUCAUCUCGGCGGCCGAACUCCGCCACAUCAUGACCAACCUCGGCGAGAAGCUCACGGACGAGGAAGUCGACGAGAUGAUCCGCGAAGCCGAUAUCGACGGCGAUGGCCAGAUCAACUACGAAGAGUUCGUCAAGAUGAUGAUGUCCAAGUAAACCUGUCGGAUUUUUAUACUCAACACCGAUGAUUAUUGUAAUUUGAACGUCGUGUGCGACCCUUCCGAAUCCUCGA